AUGACGCAGGACUUGUCCGGCAUGGACUCCCUUUCGACCACCGCCACAGGGCUGGUGCCGGGCUUUCUGGAGAGCUUUUCCACGCCCUCCUCUGUCACAGCGGCCACACCUGUCCAGCAGGACCAGGAGCAGGAAAUCAACCCGUUCUUGUCUCUAAUCUCGCCAUGCUGGAGCUCGGUGCCGCGCGCGUGGCGCCGCGGGCUCCGGACCCCGACAGUGUUCUCGCUACCGCGCGUAGCAACGACAGAGAGCGCAGAAGAGGUCAAGCCGUCGGAGGAUGAGCUCUCCCGGGAGAGGAGCCUUAAGGCCAUAGAAGAUCAGAAGAGACUCUGUGGCCGGAGGAGGGAUACUGACGUUUUGGAGCUGUUCCUCACCCGAAAGAAGUUAACGGACGUUAUUGACCUAUCUAGGUUCCAGAGGCUGAGGCACCUAUGGCUCUCUUUCAACAAGCUCUGCAGCAUCGCAUUUUUGCUACGAAAUCAUUGUCUGUCAGAACUUUACCUGGACCACAACAACCUGUACGAGAUAGCAGGCCUGCGACAUUUGGCCUCCCUGAAGAUCCUCAUGCUUCACAACAACCAGCUGAAGAAUCUGGAUGCGGUUUUGGAUGAACUGAAGCAGAUGAAUGGCCUGAAGACGAUAAAUCUGUACCAGAAUCCUAUGUCCCAGGAUACAAAGCACUACCGCUUGUACACGGUCUUUCGCCUUCCCAGCGUGUGGCUACUUGACAGGAAAGAAAUUACACUGAAGGAGAGAAGACAAGCCUUUCAGAUAUACAACAACGAAAGGUUUCGCAUCUAUCAGACCAUAGCGUUUCGAGAGAGAAUAGAUACAUUUUUGAAGCCUCAAAUACCCCACAAGCGCAGAUCGACAGUGCCCAGAGAAAACGUCUGUUCUAAUCAGUUGAACAAGAAUUUGUUUCACAAUAAAGAAGAUGCUGUUUUUGUUCGGGCAAUGAAGAGAUCUUCUACCCGGUUUACCAUGUUGAAUUGGGACAGCAUCCCCACCAGAGUGGAGAAGCAUACUGACAGUGAAGCCAAGAGAACCAUGGACAGAAUGACUCUCUGGAUAAGAUAA